AAAUCUGACGUUUAAUUUUUAGGUUAUGAUGUUGUGGCCGAUAGUGGUAGUUUUAGUUUGUUGCGUAGAAUAAUAUUUUACUAGCAAAAUGGAUAUCGUUAAUGAAAUAUUGGAAAGAGAACAAAAAAAAGCUGAGAAGUAUAAAUCAAUCACCGUUGAAAAACAUUUAGAAUUGGAUUUUGAUGUGGGCACUCUUCUUGCAUUUGAUUCGAAUGAUUUGGACACAAAGUUGUUGAGUUCUAAAAAAGACCAAUAUUUACAAUCGCUGUCUCGCGAUAACACUCAGCUGUUGUUGAACAAAGUAUGGGAGCUGCCCACCGAAAGGAUCGAGGAAGCCAUCGUGGUGCGGCUCCCGCAGCCCACGACCGUAUUGCCGCGCGCCAAGCCCGUGCCGAAGCCCAAACCUUUGACAAAGUGGCAAGAGUUUGCUAAAGCCAAGGGUAUCACCAAGAAGAAGAAAGACAAACUGGAAUGGGAUGAACAGCUGCAGAAAUGGGUGCCUUUAUAUGGAUUUAAAAAGGCAGCAGCUGAGAAAGAGAAGAACUGGCUAAUUGAAGUACCACAAAAUGUUGAUCCUAUGACAGAUAUGUAUGAGAAGAAGGCCACAGAAAAAUCAGAGAAAGUCUCAAAGAAUGAACUGCAGCGGCUGAAAAACAUUGCUAGAGCGAGAAAAGUUACAAUUCCACGAGUUGGUAUUCCAGUCACCUCAGAUAAGGCUUCUGCUACACAGCUUGCCACAGCUGCAACAGUCGCUAAGGCAUCAACAGCCUCACUAGGAAAGUUCCAAGACAAAUUGCCUAAAGAAAAAGAAGCUAGAGGCAAGGGCAUCCAUGAGCUCAUUCCUGGCAAAGACAGGAAGCGCAAGGCACCUAUACCUACACCACAGGCAGAGAGGGAGAACAAUUUGUCUAUGAUUGACAAAAUCUUAAAUAAGAGGCCUAAAAUUGACAUGGAUAAAGCUGUGGCAAAACAUAUAAAUGAUGAACAAAUGCAGAGGUCAGAGGAAAAGAAAAACUUCAAGCCACCUAAAGGCAGUCGCAAAGGUGGUGGAAAAGGAAAUGUGACCAACUUCUCAGCUAAGAAACCUAAAGGAGGCAGAGGUCAAAGGAAUCCAAGCAAAAAGAAUCCUGGUAGGAAAAGGAGAUAGGUUGAGGUCAGAAGAAAAUUUAAUUAGGCCAGACAAACUUAUACAGUGUUGCAUUAUAACUGUGUUACUCCACAAUAAUUAUUAUCAUUAAAUGUGUAUUUACACUUAAA